CUUCGAAGAAAACCCUAUCCUUCUACGAGGCAACUUCGGGAAACCCUAAGAAAAGUUUGGAGUCAACGCGUGUUUUCACAACCCAUUUAUCACCCGAUCAAGGACGCUCUGUUGGAUCAGUAUCAGAUUUUGCUAGGAAUAAUUUUUUGUUGCAAGUCAAUGGAUCGUGGAAAAAGGCCUGGUAAAUUCCUCGGAGAAAGGCACAAUAAGAUAUACAUGGACCUCAAGGACAUAAUAAGGGAACAUGCCCUCCCUUUCCUUCCUGCAAAAUCACUUUUUAGGUUUCAAGGUGUUUGUAGGGAUUGGAAGUACCAGAUUUCAACUCCGUUCUUUGCACAUAAACAGUCACUUGGCUUCCGUGCUAUCUCAGGUCUAUUUUGUCAGACUCUUGGAGACCCGCCAUUGUUUGUUUCCACUGACCUAAAAUCUUGUGGAGUGCCAGACCCCUCUUUGAAGUUUUUGCCUGUACCUUUUGACAUCAAGUCUUCAUCCAAUGGACUACUUUGUUGCCAGGGUUGCACGGAGGAUAAAGCCUUUUACAUCUGCAAUCCUGUUACUCAGCAGUGGACAAAACUUCCAAAACCAAAUGCUGAUCACGGGCCUGAUCCUGCUGUUGUACUCGUCUUUGAACCAUCACUCCUCAACUUUGUGGCUGAUUACAAACUCAUUUGUGCUUUCCCAUCUGCUGAUUUUGAUGAUGCUACUGAAUUUGAGAUCUAUUCCUCCAAAGAAGGAUCUUGGAAAAUUUCUGGGGAGAUAUGCUUUGCUUGUAGAAUGCCCAUGCCAAGAUCAGGAGUUCAUGUGAAUGGCGUUGUAUACUGGAGGGCGAAACAUGGUGGUAUUCUUGCCUUUGAUCUGACAAAGGACAGGUCUCGAUUUCUGCAAAGCUAUUUUGGUGGCAGUGGGGGUUUAGGGAUGAUGGAUGGAAAGCUUUGUACAGCUCAUGCAAGUGGUUGUUCAAUAAAAGUUCAUGUGUUGGCUAAUGUCCACUCAAACACAAUGCAGAUGAACAGUAAUUCCAGGAUGUGGGAAGAGAAAGAACGUAUCCUUCUUGACAACCAAGUUUUUGGUGGGGAUGCCCUUGAUCCACUGGCGGUGGUGUUUGCUAAUAGUGAUGUGCUGUUGAUUCAGAAUGGGAAGAAAUUCUAUGCUUAUGACUUCAAGUCUAAAGAAACUAAAUUGCUGCAUGGGGUAUCUGAACAUGAUGCGAAGUGCGUAGCUUAUGUGAACAGCUUCGUUUGCAUCUAAUUUCCACUCUUCUUAUUACUUUUUAUGGUAAUCAUUUCAGCCAUUGGAUAUUUGAACACUGAGCAGUCUUGCUAGGAGACAAUGUCUAUCUUUGGUGGUUAUUGGUGAAACUUUUCUGGUUUAUUCCUCUGUUUCAUGUACAUAUAGAGUCUUGUUUGUAACUCGGGGGUUGCCUAUAAGUUACAUUUAAAGACGAUCUGCAGCUGCCUGCAAUGGCAUUAUUUUUGGUUUUGACAUAUUCAUUCAAGGCUGG